UUGGGUGGAUAAAUUUUUGAAUGAAGUGCAAAAUUGUGUUUGUUUAUUGUAUUUAAUUAUGCUUUGGCAAUUAAAAUCUGUGUUUUCUAGUACAAAAAUAUCUAGGAAGUUGUUCUAAUUGUUAUUAUUGAACGGAGUGCCAUGUUAAAUGUGCUAAAUCUUUGAAGAUAGGAGGGAGCUUUGGUCAGCCAUCAACUAUAAAGAAAAUGAACGAUCAUUUAGAGAUGUUUCCAGUAGCUUGUUUUAGUUUUCAUGGAGGUGGGAGUCCGGCUGCUGGGCAUAGUGCUGCGCCUUCUCAACUUCUUGCUGGCACCGCUGUUCUGGUUUCGUACUCGCAACCGCCGCGCCGUGCCGCGCCCGCCGCAUCCGCUGCUCUUGCGAAGCGCGAAAGAGCAUGCCACCGCUAUACGAUCGGGGGAGAUAACCAGUGAAGAACUGGUGAUUGCCUACAUAAACCGAGUCCAAGAGGUGAACCCGCUUCUAAACGCCGUGGUGGAAGAACGCUACAGGGCAGCUUUAGAAGAUGCGAAAGAGGUGGACAGGUGCUUGAAUGAGGCGAUCAGGACUGGCACCUUGGAAGAGCUGGUCGCAGCGAAGCCUUUGCUUGGAGUUCCUUUCACAGUAAAGGAGAGCUGCUCGCUUGCUGGUCUUUCUAACGCGGUAGGCUGCCUAGAAUACGCCGGCCGCAAGGCGACAGAAGAUGGCGGCGCAGUCCGUUUGGUUAAAGAGGCUGGUGGCAUCCCACUGCUGGUGUCCAACACGCCUGAACUAUGCCUGGGCUGGGAGACCACCAACCUGCUGAAGGGGACCACCAACAACCCGUACUGCUUGAGCAGGACCCCCGGCGGCUCUUCGGGCGGAGAGGGUGCGCUGCUGGCGUGCGGCGCUUCAGCGGUAUCGGUGGCAUCCGACAUCGCGGGCUCAAUCCGCGUGCCCGCCGCUUUCUGCGGCGUCUUCGGACACAAGCCCACGCCUGGUAUAAUCCCGAUCGACGGGCAUAUCCCAACGCUCAGCGACCCGAAGUUCCCAAACUUCCUAACGGUGGGCCCAAUGGCGCGGCGCGCGGAAGACCUGCCUCUCCUCAUGAACAUUAUGGCGGGAGACAACCGGCAUAUGCUCAACUUGGACGAGCCUGUCGACCUUAGCACCUUGCAGGUGUACUACAUGACCGAGGCGGCGAAAUCCCUGGCUCUGUUGAACGUGGACAAGUGCAUCAAGGACAAGAUCAAACGGGCUGUCAAGUACUUAAGGACGGAGUGCGGAUCCAAAAUAUGCAAGGAAAAAUUUAAGGACUUAGAAGACUCUGUGGAAAUGUCAGUUUCAGUGUUCUUCUCGAUGAAAGACAUACCCAACAUGCUGCAGGAUCCGAACGACCCCAAACUCAACAAAAGCCUGUUCGUGGAACUAGUGAAGACAAUGUUCGGCGGCGCCGCGCGAUCGCUGCAAGGACUCGGUUUCACCGUCAUAGCGCGGAAUAAUCUCUUCAUACCCGCGGCAAGGCGGGAGCAUUAUGAAGAGAAGGCGGCAAGGCUCAAAGAACAGCUUAUAGAAACGCUCGGCGACAACGGCGUGCUGCUCUACCCGGUGUUCCCGGGCGCGGCGCACGCGCACGGGCGCGUGUUCGUGCGCGCGGCCGGCGUGCUGUACUCCAUGCUGUUCAACGUGCUCGGCUGCCCCGCCACCGCCGUGCCCGUCGGCACAGCCGGCCACCUGCCCGUCGCUAUACAGGUCAUAGCCGCUCCAAAUCAAGACAGGCUGUGCUUAGCCGUGGCCAAACAACUUGAAAUUGGUUUCGGCGGCUGGUGCCCGCCACAGUAAUCCAUCCCAAUGCGAAAGUCGCCGCGAUGACUAACCUAUGACGUCGGCAACCACAUUAUGACAAUCUUCUCACCAUUCCUCGUGACCUAGUAUAAAUAUUGGGACGUGCUAACGGCCAAACAUAGGUUACUAUUAGGUCAGAGGCUUUCAAACUCUUCUAUGUACUUGGUGUAAUAAAAAUAUCUUGCAUUUAACUCUACUGUGGUGACUAAGACUAGGUUAAUAUAAGUCGUUGACUGAUCUUUUGUCGAUCGCAGAUAUCUUUUUACUAUAAUCUUACAGCUGCAUAGCCAGUGUAGACGUAGAAAGAAACAUAUUUUUGGUCCGAAAUGUACAUUAUUAUAUCAGUCAUACUUAACUAAUUUGAUCAGAUAAAAAUACUCUUUGGAAUGGAAAUUUAAAUAGACAUUUUAAGAUUGUGUCCCCCUAUACAUACAAAACUUUUGAAUACGGUAAUAGGUUGAUCUAUUGUAUUUUAUAACAUUUUCAUAAUAUUUUUUUGUGAGAAGCUAAUUUAGUUUGGGAACCGCUGUACUACUAUAAAUAUUACGUAUAAGUAGCUAACUCUUAAAUUAUAUCUGAGAAAGGAAAUCUGUCUAUCUGUAUGUUAGAUUAGCCUAAAAUUUUGAUGAAUUUUGGUGUAAGAAAGGUUGGAUUCCAAUCCAACCUUUCUUACCUGAAGAAGGACAAACAUUGUCGCAAAAAAAUUAGUAGGGUGAAAUGUGAAAGGGGUAAAGUGUGAUAAGGAAUCCAUGAUUCGUAAAGAAAUGAAAAUUAAUAUCUAGGCUACUGAUAAAAAAUUAAGAGUGCUUCUGAAUAGUUUAGAUUUUAUAGCCAUUGAUCCCAAGACGCGGGAGAAAGAUUCAGAAAAUAUUGAAAUUCACACGAACGAAGAUCAGAAGUUCAUUCCAAAUAUUAUAUUACAGUAGGUUAAGUGUAUAUCAACAAACCACAUGUAUGGCGUGGUUGAUUUUCUACCGAGGAACGACUACUUAGUAUCGUAACUAGGCUAUUUUAGAGUUAAUAAAUGUUUUGUACGACUGUAUUUCAAUGGUCGCAUCAAUGAAAUUGGUGUCUUAUAAUAAUUGAUGUGUAAAUUAAUAAAUGUUGUUUUAUUUAUGAUGGUCAUCGGCGCACGCCAUUUAAUUUUUUAUUAUAAUUCGCUCAAAACAUCUUGCUAUUUAUUGUAAUAAAUAUUUCUAUUGGUUAAGGACAAUUUCUGUGAUUGAUGUUAUUUCAUUUAUCCAAAUAAAUGUAUACUUUAGUAAUAUAAUCGUUAAAGUGUGUAAGUUACCAUUUUAAACUUAAUGAUAGCUAAAAAUAAAUGUUAUAAAAAGUCAAGUUGAUAAAAUCUACUUACCUGAUUGUUUAAUUUCAAAUAACCUCACAAUAUGCUUUGUUAUGGAAUAUUUAGUGUAAACUGAUAAAUCAAAUCAUGUCCUCCUUCAAUUCAGUUAGGUCAGGUAGAUAUUUUUUAUAAACAUGCUGUUUAUUAUGUAAUUUUGUUGAAUGACCCAAAUAAACGAUGUUGUACUAAUAAA